AUGCCCAAAACACGCAACGUCAAGAAGGAUAAAACUACAAGUAGGGACAACUCACUGCAGUCCAAGGUGUUACACCCCUACCCGCCUGUCACUAUCCAACCUCGUCGCAAGAUGAUAUCACGCACCGUUGCAGCCGCACAAUUCAAGCUCACUGAGGAGGCAGGCCCCUACUACAUGCAAGCGUGGAGGAUUGGGGAGAGGAAGGCUUUCCUCAACCGUUUCUACUCUGUGUGGUUCACCCUAUGGCCAGAGAUACCAACAGACAAGGAUGAUCUGGAAGCUGUUGCUCAUCGAAGGCAAAUCACUCGUCGGUUUGGUGUCAUCCUGCCACCUUACACUGGAAAGAGUUUUGCGACGAGACAGUUCGUCGACAUGAAGAAGAAAUCCAUGGAGGCCAAACAUCAGGAGAAAGUCAACGAACGCCAAAUUCAAGCGCAAAGAUACCUUGAGGCCCAACGCAAGAAGGUCUUUCGGCUCCAGGAGGAUGAAGACGUUCUUAAAGAUGCGCAGCUCUUGGCGGAAUUUGCUGCAGGAUGUCAGCAAAGAAUGUCUUUACUUACCCCCAGGUCUAAGAUUGUGAGGUCGCAGGAACCAACGAUCAAGUGCGCCGCCUUUAGGCACCAUUCUGGAGAACUUGGUCCAUCCCCCCUCCGAAGCAUGUAUAUUCCGGAUACCACUGCUUCUGGCCCCACUUCUGAUGAAACAGACAGUGCUGCACUCUAA